AUGGCCGUAAAUAACGCGAUGGAAGUUACAAGCCGCCGGUCGGACGAAUGCUUUACCGGACUUCGAUCUGUCAUCGACGUGUUAGAUUUAGCCGUCGAUCGGAGGAUCAAGGCGCCAUUACCCGCAUCACGUUAUGAUGGGCUCAGAAAACUGUUCAGGUCGUCUCCGGAGAUGGAUUUGGAUUCGCCAGUGCACUGCUGCAAGAUGGCGGUUUCAACGAUUGCAGCAUCCACCCGGGAACAAAAUAGUCUUGUCCUAUGCACUAUCGACGCGUUGGACCUGGCCGUUGACGAUCGAAGGAUAUCCGUGGGUGCCGGACUGCCGAUCGGACCCUUCCGGUCGUGCCCGGAGAUGACAUUGGAAUCGCCUCUGUACGGUGAAUCGAAGACGAUCGAACCUCUCGCCGAAAGUCUCGAAGUCUCGCCGGAUGAACUCCCUCAGACACCUGCGCAGCCACGGCGAAAAUCUGCGUGGAAGAGGUCCAGGCAAUUCGUCGUAAGAUGUCUGGUGAACGCGGCUCGCAGAAUAUGUUUCUGUGAGAGCUAUGUCGACAUCGAAUGA